UGGAUUUUCUGAGAGGAGCUCUUGCAGAAGUGUGUAAAGGACAGAUGGAUGAGGUCGAGCAGAUGAAACAGUGUUUGGAAGUGCUAAGUAGAGAUGAAUGCAGAGGGAGUGAGGAAGAGGAGAAGGAUGAGCGAGAGGAAGUGCUGGAAAUGCUUUCUGAGCUCUGCGAGAACUUGGACAAUGCCAGAGAUCUGAUGAAGCUGGGCGGGCUGGAUUUGUGUAUGUCACGGUGUCUCUGUCACUCCGAGGCCGGGAUUCGAUGGAGGGCGGCUCAGCUUAUUGCCAGCUGUGCCCAGAAUAUGCCAGAGGUGCAGUUCUACCUGCUCAACCAGGGGGCGCUGCUUACACUCCUGCAACUCGCAGAUCACGACGCAAACAGCACAGUUCGAAUAAAAGCACUCUACGCAGUGUCCUGUUUAGUCCGGGAACAGGAAGCAGGUCUGCGGGACUUCCUGUCACAUGAUGGCUUUUCAGUUCUGAUGAGGGGGAUGCAGUCAGACAGUGAGAAACUGAGAACUAAAUCAGCGUUCCUUCUGUUAAACCUUCUGACCAGUCAUCCAGAACACAAAGAUACGGUGUUGUCUAUGGGGAUGGUGCAGCAGCUGGUGUCAGUUCUUCGCUCCCCUCAUUCCUCUGUACAUGAACAUGUGCUUGGUGCCCUCUGCGGCUUGGUUGAGGACUCUCCCCGUGGUGUGAACGAUUGCAGAGAUGCAUCGCUUGGCUUGGAGGAACUGCUCAACCAGCGAGUGCAGGACCUAAGGGGGCGAGAGGAGAGCCUGGAGGAGCUGGAGUGUUGUGAACGUUUACAAGCGGCUUGUUUCCAAGGGCGGCCCCAGGACGACAGUGGAAUGGAUCGCUGAGGUCUUAGUGGUGAUUCCUGCUACACAGCGCAAACACAAAAAAAGCAACCGGAGUUUGAAUUCCCUCUCUGUUCAAGAGAGAAACAAAAACUAGAAAUAGAAAUGAGGAAGAGAGAAACUUUUAUAAAGAGAAAAAGAGACUCCAUUUUCCGAGUUCAGUUUGGCUACGUGUGCUCUUGCAUAAUCAUAUACCAUGAACUGUACACAAACACUUUUGUGUUAUAUUAUCAAUAUGUACAUUUUGUAUAAUAUGUCAGUUUGUUAUUGUAAAUUAUGUGCGGUUUAGGGUCAACUUCAUAAAUGUUAAAAUCCUCUUUACACCUGAACAGCUAUACAAAUGCAAAGCCAUGAUGCGGAACUUCACAUCAAUAUAAUAAUAUUUAGUAAAUUCUAAAAUAAAGAUGAAAGUGUACCG